AUGAUCUCUCUUCUUGGAAAGGCCCAGAGGCCCGUCGUGGCUUUUUUCUCAACCGGGCCACCUACAACUCCACAACAUCAAUUGCCAUACUCUCCAAAGAGUUCGGAAAGUGCAAAAUUUAAAAGAGGAGGAGGGGGAAGGGCUUCCUUCUCAGGAAACGUUGUCACCGUUUUCGGAGCAACUGGUCACCUCGGUUUGCCAGUUGUUAAUAGAUUAGCCAAAGUCGGGUCUCAGAUCAUCAUACCAUACAGACAAGACCCUUACUAUGUUAGAGAAUUGAAGGUACCUGGAGAGUUGGGUCAGGUUCUCUUCUUCCCAUUCGAGUUGAAAGAUGAAGAAUCCAUCCGAAAGGUUGUGAAGUACUCGAACGUCGUCAUCAAUUUGAUCGGAACCAGAGUACCUACCAAAAACUAUUCCUACGCUGAAACCCACGAAAUCGGGGCUCGCAGACUUGCUAAGAUUUGCAAAGAGAUGGGAGUUGAACGAUUCAUUCAUCUAUCCGCUCUUGGUGCUACUCCUGAGCCUGAGAAAGGACAUUUUGUAGGAAAGAGUGAAUUUUUAAGAACGAAGGGACUUGGAGAAAUCGCAGUUCGCGAGGAGUUCCCAGAAGCCACAAUUGUCCGUCCUUCUGUUAUCUAUGGCGAACUUGAUGGAUUCAUCCAGUACUAUGUCAGCAGAUGGCGUAAGACUCCUUUGGACCAUGUUUAUCUCUACAAAAAGGGAGAACACACAUACAAAAUGCCUAUUUGGGUAGGAGAUGUAGCUCACGGUAUUGAUCGUAUCGUUCGUGAUCCCACUACCGCCGGAAAAUUGUAUGAGUUCGUUGGCCCUCAUUGUUACCAACUCAGCGAACUUAUGGACUUCAUGUACAAGAAAGCUCAUUGCCUCCCAGAAUUUGGAUUCCACUACAAAAGACACAAUCUGCCCGAUCCAUACUUCAUGGCUCUCACACUUGCCACUGAACUCUACGGAAAAGUUUUCAAAUGCAAAGUCCCUCUCAAUCGCGAAUGGAUGGAGUAUAUCGAAGUUCAAAACGACGUGCUCUCUGGUGAACGAACUCUUGCCGAUUUAGGAGUCCAACGAUUGACUGAGUUUGAGUUUGCCGGAGGACAACAAGCUUUCUACCGUUCUUUCAACAAGUAUUACGAAGAACAAUACGGAGAACUACCUCCACCAUCCCUUCCUCUCAGAUCACCUCCUAUUGUACAGAAGAAAGGUCAAACUGUUUUCAACGAGAAGGAAGCUGUGUAUGUCUAG